AUGGCGAACCUACCACGUCACAAGCUGUGCAUCGAGAAAGUGUACUUGAUCCCUUCAGGCAGUUCCGUCGCUUCUUUUGACAUUUUAGGAGCUAGUCUAAGUUGCGAAUUCAGUGACAGCAUCUGCGCAAGAGGUGGUGCAUCCAGAAGUCAUCUGAAGUUCAGUUUGAAGCAAAGAGAAUGA